AUGGCAACAUCAUUUUGGCUUCUGAGUAAUACCUAUCGCCCGAGCCAGGAAUGGUUCCCUGCCUUCCCCUUCCGCCUGCUCCCCGAGAGGCUGGCUGGGGGUUGCAGGAGGUGGUUGAAGGUGGUGGCGGCGGGAUGGGACAACCACAGAGGUGCCGAGUCCCUUCGCGUUCUAGGCCCUGCCAUGCUCUCCUCUGGGCGCCGCCCCCGCUUCACCGAGCAAACCCCCUCGUCAUCAUCUACAUGUCAUGGUGCAGCCGCUGCGACGCCUGAAAACCAGGCGAAAAGAAGGACAGAUGAUGAAGACGCGUUUCGUGUGGAUGUAGCUGUACCAAGCCCUGACUUGAUGAAGAAGAAGAAGAAGAAGAAGAAGAAGGGGGGCGAUACGGGGCGGGGGACGAACGGGAUGCUGCACCUUGACCUUCGGCUGGGCGGGACUGGGGUCGUCUCGAAGAUGGGGUCGCACGGCGUCGCGCGGCGUCGCGAGAUGGAGGCUCGGUCUAGGUGA